GAUAGUUCCAGUUUUACCUAUGGCGACGGCGGGCAACGGAAGGGCUCGCUACAAAAGUGGCGGAGCCGGAGAAAAGCACGAGAUAAAUGAAGAACCUCAGAAUGUUUCUCAGGAGGCUGGGCGACAUAACUCAACUGGAGUAUCUGACGAAAGUUGGAAUUCUGCUACCACUAGGAUAUCAGAGCUUGAACAAAUGUGGAAACGGAAAACCUUUACUAGAUCGGAAAUCCAACAUCCACCAACACUGGAGAACCUCUCGAGUGAUCUUCUAUUAAAUAUAUUCAUCCGCUUAUUGGCCAAACAACUUGCUCAAAUGAGAUGUGUCUCGAAAUCUUGGAACGCCCUCUUAUCUCACCCCUCCUUUAUAAGAUCCCACCUCCAUCAUUCCAUCAAUAACAACGAUCGAACUCUUUUGGUCUUCUACAACAACAUAUCUUCUUCUUCUAACCUUAAACCAUUCACAACACACCCAUUUCGAUCCCCUAAGCUCAAACUCACCAAUCUCAUCAAACGCCCCCCGGUUAAUCCCAAAUCCAAGUAUUCUGCUAGCAUCAUCAAAGUUAUUGGUUCUUUUCACGGCUUAAUAUGCUCUUCUUAUGGCAAUGUCAUUCACAUAUGGAACCCUUCUCUCUCCAUGGUUUCAACUCUCCCACCACAUUCUAAGCCCCCUCGCUAUAAUUAUGAAAUCCAUUUCCGGUUUGGGUUUGAUCCCAAAACUGAAGAUUACAAAGUUGUCAAGCUUAUAGGCCUCACCAGUAUUUUACCAUAUCUCGUUAAAAAGUGGCUGCAAGUUGAGGUUUAUAGCAUGAGAAAAGGUUCAUGGGAGUUCAUUACUCAAAGGUUUCCAUCUGAUGUCACAAGAAUUUUUGACAUUGAUUUCGUUUGUGCCGAUGGGCAUGAUGGCCAUCUUCACUGGCUAGGGUAUUUUGCUGAGGGGGAGAAGAGAAAUGCGAUAGUGGCAUUUGAUUUGGGUUCAGAGACAUUCACUCAGAUACCUCUUCCAGAUUCGAUACCAAGUAACAAACACCCGAAUGCUUUAGGAGUUUUGGAUGGAAAGAUUUGUGUGAUGUCAGAGGUGGUCACGGAUGGUGUAUGUGAGGUGUGGGUGAUGGAGGAGUAUGGGGUGGCUGAAUCAUGGGUCAAACGCCAUGUCUUCUCAAUGUUUCUUGGUGAUGUGGUUUUUGGAUCCACAUCGCACAACGAGUUUCUUAUUUUAGAUGGUGAUUUACGUAUUCUUUUGUACAAUCCAACUUCACGCAAGGCUAAAAUCUUGGAGAAAUUUUGUCGUGGAAAACCAAUCAAAGAUUUAAUACGUCUCGGUAUCUCUCUGCCGAUUGAAGCUCUCUAUAUCUCACCAUCUAUUUCAUCUUGUUCUCUAACCCCGAAAAGUUCUGGCGUCUUCUACUUUUCUUCCCCAAAAUUAACUAUAUCUCAACAGGUGGAUUCAUUGUUUCAAAAGAAGGUUGUUGAGGUGCGAAAAAAAUUGUUGGAUGAUAUGGAUAAAUUACUUGAGAGGAUACUUCAAAGAGAAGAUGAACCAAAAGAGUUGAGGACAUUGCAACAUUCUAAACCUUUAAUAUGUUUUGUUAAAAUCAUAGGGAGUUGUCAAAAUUUGUUUCAAAGUAGGCUAAGGAAGGGGAGGUAAUUUUUCAGAAGUUGGGUAGAUAAGAAGACCGAUUAUACAAAGUUCGAAGUCAAUGAAGCUUCGCGUUUCUUCCCCAACAAUUAUCUAGUUCAAUAGUAUUAUGGUUUAAGUACUAACACAACAUUUUUACUUAUUAAACUUUUGAGAAGAUGAUUUUAUUUUAAAUAUAUUGAAAAUAUUGUUGUUAAACAAGUUCAAAUUGACGUAAUGAUAUUAUGUUUCCAUUUAUUA